GUUUGUGUUGUGGUUUUGGGGGAGGGAGGCGGAGGGGAAAGUUUGUUUAUUUUGUUUUUAGUUUCUGGGGUCCCCGAGCUUCGGGAAGGUGAAGCGAGCGACCGUGACACCCCUCGCCUUUCAGCCUCCCUGCGACAUCGCCUCCACAGCUUGCGGAGAAGCGGAGACCGCGGUCACCGCUGGGCUUCACAGCGGAACGACGCACACUCAGAGCCGGCGCGGCUCAGCGGGUUUUGGCUCUUUGCACUGAAUGUAACCUAGACUGAUCGUCUCAGGCUUGUGUUGCCCCAGGAUACUGUCAAAGGCAGUGUCUGUGUUUCUGCAGAGUUUUGCACAGAGUCUGUUCCCAUGCAAACCAAUGAGGGAGAAGUAGAGGAAGAAAGCAGUUCCAAGGUGGAACAGGAGGAUUUUGUAAUGGAAGGGCAUGGCAAGACUCCACCUCCUGGAGAAGAAAACAAACAAGAGAAGGAGCAAGAAAGGGAAGAACAGUUAAUGGAAGACAAGAAAAGGAAGAAAGAGGAUAAAAAGAAAAAAGAAGCCACUCAGAAGGUCACGGAACAAAAAACCAAAGUGCCCGAAGUGACGAAACCAAGUUUAAGCCAACCAACGGCCGCCAGCCCAAUUGGCAGCUCUCCAUCGCCACCAGUCAAUGGUGGCAACAAUGCCAAAAGGGUGGCAGUGCCGAACGGACAACCGCCAAGCGCCGCCCGCUACAUGCCUCGGGAGGUGCCGCCGCGAUUCCGUUGCCAGCAGGACCACAAAGUGUUACUAAAACGUGGGCAGCCCCCUCCACCGUCCUGCAUGCUCCUUGGGGGUGGAGCAGGGCCUCCUCCCUGCACAGCACCUGGAGCAAACCCAAACAACGCACAAGUGACAGGAACGCUGCUGCAGAACGAGAGUGGGACUGCACCAGAGUCAACCCUUGGAGGUGCUGCUGCUUCAAAUUAUGCAAAUUCCACUUGGGGUCCGGGAGCCUCCUCCAACAACAGCGCCUCCCCCAACCCAAUUCACAUCUGGGACAAGGUGAUUGUAGACGGGUCUGAUAUGGAAGAGUGGCCUUGUAUUGCCAGCAAAGACACUGAAUCUUCUUCCGAAAACACCACCGAUAACAACAGUGCCUCGAACCCUGGCUCUGAGAAGAGUGCUCUGCCAGGAAGCACCACUAGUAACAAAGGCAAAGGGAGCCAGUGCCAGGCUACAAGUUCCGGGAACGAAUGUAAUCUUGGGGUCUGGAAGUCUGACCCUAAGGCUAAAUCUGCUCAAUCUUCCAACUCUACUUCAGACAGCAACAAUGGACUAGGAAACUGGAGGAAUGUGAGUGGUCAAGAUAGAAUUGGACCUGGCUCUGGCUUCAGCAACUUUAACCCAAAUAGCAACCCAUCUGCCUGGCCAGCAUUGGUCCAAGAAGGAACUUCUAGGAAAGGGGCGUUGGAAGCAGAAAAUAGUAAUUCCGGUGCACAAGUGAGCACAGUAAGUCAGGCAUCCAGGGAACAGCAGUCAAAGAUGGAAAAUGCGGGUGUUAAUUUUGUUGUCUCUGGCAGAGAACAGGCUCAGAUUCAUAACACUGAUGGACCAAAAAAUGGAAACACUAACUCCUUGAACUUAAGUUCACCAAACCCCAUGGAAAAUAAGGGAAUGCCCUUUGGGAUGGGCUUGGGGAACACCUCCAGGAGCACUGAUGCCCCUUCACAAAGCACUGGAGAUCGAAAGACUGGGAGUGUUGGGUCUUGGGGUGCAGCUAGGGGGCCUUCUGGAACUGACACAGUCUCUGGACAAAGCAAUUCUGGAAAUAAUGGGAACAAUGGAAAAGACAGAGAGGACUCCUGGAAAGGAGCUUCUGUUCCAAAAUCAACUGGGUCAAAAAAUGACUCUUGGGACAACAAUAACAGGUCUACGGGUGGGUCCUGGAACUUUGGCCCUCAGGACUCUAAUGACAACAAAUGGGGUGAAGGGAACAAAAUGACAUCUGGGGUCUCUCAGGGAGAAUGGAAACAGCCGACUGGGUCUGAUGAGUUGAAAAUUGGAGAAUGGAGUGGUCCAAACCAACCAAAUUCUAGCACUGGAGCAUGGGACAAUCAAAAGGGCCACCCCCUCCCUGAAAACCAAGGCAAUGCCCAGGCUCCCUGUUGGGGAAGGUCUUCCAGCUCCGCAGGAAGUGAAGUUGGAGGUCAAAGCACUGGAAGCAACCACAAAGCAGGAAGUAGCGACAGUCAUAAUUCUGGCCGUCGGUCAUACAGGCCCACACAUCCUGAUUGCCAGGCUGUCUUGCAGACUCUUUUGAGCCGAAAUGAUUUGGACCCUAGGGUGCUCUCAAACACUGGCUGGGGCCAGACUCAAAUUAAGCAGGACACAGUGUGGGAUAUUGAAGAGGUGCCAAGGCCUGAGGGGAAAUCUGACAAAGGAACUGAGGGGUGGGAGAGCGCUGCCACACAGACCAAGAACUCAGGGGGCUGGGGAGAUGCACCCGGCCAAAGCAAUCAAAUGAAGUCUGGAUGGGGGGAGCUCUCAGCCUCGACCGAGUGGAAGGACCCCAAGAGCACAGGAGGCUGGAAUGACUAUAAGAACAACAACUCUUCUAACUGGGGAGGAGGACGAGCAGAUGAAAAGACACCUUCCUCUUGGAAUGAGAGUUCCUGCAAGGAUCAGGGGUGGGGAGGUGGGCGUCAGCCCAAUCAAGGAUGGACUUCUGGGAAGAAUGGUUGGGGUGAGGAGGUUGAUCAAGUGAAAAAUAACAAUUGGGAAAGUUCUACAAGUAAACCUGUGCCUGGAUGGGGUGAAGGAGGGCAGAAUGAAAUUGGAACUUGGGGUAAUGGCGGGAAUGCAAACCUAGCUUCAAAAGGUGGGUGGGAAGAUUGCAAAAGAUCCCCUGCAUGGAAUGAAACAGGCAGACAGCCCAAUUCCUGGAAUAAACAACACCAACAGCAGCAGCAGCAGCCGCCACCACCACAACCAGAGGCUUCCAGUUCAUGGGGAGGCCCACCCCCACCACCUCCAGGAAGUGUUCGACCUUCUAAUUCCAACUGGAGCAGUGGGCCCCAGCCUGCAAUCCCUAAGGAUGAUGAACCCAGUGGUUGGGAGGAGCCAUCUCCACAGUCAAUUAGUCGAAAAAUGGACAUUGAUGAUGGCACUUCAGCUUGGGGAGACCCUAACAGCUAUAACUACAAGAAUGUGAACCUAUGGGAUAAGAAUUCCCAAGGGGGCCCACCGCCUCGAGAACCAAACUUGCCUACCCCGAUGACCGGAAAAUCAGCAUCAGUCUGGAGCAAAAGCACACCACCAGCUCCAGACAAUGGGACUUCAGCCUGGGGUGAGCCAAAUGAAAGCAGUCCUGGGUGGGGAGAGAUGGAUGAUGCAGGAGCAUCGACCACAGGCUGGGGAAGCACCCCUGCCAGCGCUCCCAGUGCCACGAAACCCAAUUCCAAAUCUAUGCAAGACGGCUGGGGUGAGAGUGAUGGUCCGGUCACAGGAACUCGCCAUCCUAGCUGGGAAGAGGAGGAUGAUGGAGGAGUCUGGAACACCGCCGGCUCUCAGGGAAGCACUUCCUCCCACAACUCAGCAAGCUGGGGACAAGGAGGAAAGAAACAAAUGAAGUGCUCGCUAAAAGGAGGAAACAAUGAUUCCUGGAUGAAUCCUCUUGCCAAACAGUUUUCAAAUAUGGGAUUGCUGAGUCAAACAGAAGAUAACCCAAGCAGCAAAAUGGAUUUGUCUGUAGAUAAGAAAUUUGAUGUGGACAAACGAACAAUGAAUCUCGGGGAUUUCAAUGAUAUCAUGAGGAAAGAUCGACCUGGCUUCCGUCCACCUAAUUCCAAAGACUUGGGAACUGCAGACAGUGGGCCUUACUUUGAGAAGCUGACUUUGCCUUUCUCCAAUCAAGAUGGGUGCCUUGGGGAUGAGGCUCCCUGCUCUCCCUUCUCCCCUUCUCCCAGCUACAAGCUGUCUCCCUCUGGUUCCACACUACCCAACGUCAGCCUUGGAGCAAUCGGCACAGGGCUCAACCCCCAAAACUUCGCUGCUAGACAAGGCGGCAGUCACGGUUUGUUUGGAAACAGCACAGCACAAUCGAGAGGCCUGCACACUCCAGUGCAGCCACUGAGUUCUUCUCCUGGUCUCCGGGCGCAAGUGCCUCCCCAGUUUAUCUCCCCCCAGGUUUCUGCCUCAAUGCUCAAGCAGUUCCCCAACAGUGGCCUGAAUCCAGGUCUCUUUAAUGUGGGGCCCCAGUUAUCUCCUCAACAAAUUGCCAUGCUGAGCCAGCUUCCACAGAUUCCCCAGUUUCAGUUGGCAUGUCAGCUUCUCCUGCAGCAACAGCAGCAACAGCAGCAGUUGCUACAGAACCAGAGAAAGAUUUCUCAAGCAGUGCGCCAGCAGCAAGAACAACAGCUGGCAAGAAUGGUGAGUGCUCUCCAGCAGCAGCAGCAGCAGCAACAGCAGCAGCAGCGGCAGCCUAGCAUGAAGCAUUCACCAUCUCAUCCCGUUGGGCCUAAGCCACAUUUGGACAACAUGGUACCCAACGCGCUGAAUGUGGGGCUCCCAGACCUUCAGACCAAAGGGCCAAUCCCUGGAUAUGGUUCUGGCUUCAGCUCUGGCGGCAUGGACUAUGGCAUGGUUGGUGGCAAGGAGGCUGGGACUGAGUCUCGCUUCAAACAGUGGACCUCCAUGAUGGAAGGGCUGCCUUCUGUGGCCACACAAGAAGCCACCAUGCACAAAAACGGCGCUAUAGUGGCCCCUGGUAAGACCCGAGGAGGGUCACCAUACAACCAGUUUGAUAUAAUCCCAGGUGACACGCUGGGUGGCCAUACGGGUCCUGCUGGUGAUAGCUGGUUACCUGCCAAAUCUCCACCGACUAAUAAAAUCGGAAGUAAAUCCAGCAAUGCCAGUUGGCCUCCAGAAUUCCAACCAGGAGUGCCAUGGAAAGGUAUCCAAAAUAUUGACCCUGAAUCUGACCCCUAUGUGACUCCAGGAAGUGUGCUGGGGGGUACAGCUACAUCUCCCAUUGUAGAUACUGACCACCAACUGCUGCGGGAUAACACCACAGGGUCUAAUUCUUCCCUCAACACCUCGCUGCCUUCACCUGGUGCCUGGCCCUACAGUGCCUCUGACAACUCCUUUACCAACGUUCAUAGCACUUCAGCAAAGUUCCCUGAUUACAAAUCCACGUGGUCCCCAGAUCCCAUAGGACACAACCCCACUCAUCUCUCCAAUAAGAUGUGGAAAAACCACAUCUCCUCCAGGAACACUACACCGUUGCCCCGCCCACCUCCUGGCCUGACCAACCCCAAACCGGCAUCUCCUUGGAGCAGCACAGCACCCAGAUCAGUCAGGGGGUGGGGAACACAGGACUCUCGGAUUGCCUCAGCCUCUACCUGGAGUGAUGGUGGUUCUGUCCGUCCUAGUUACUGGCUGGUUCUUCACAAUCUCACUCCACAGAUUGAUGGGUCAACCUUGAGAACGAUCUGCAUGCAGCAUGGUCCACUGCUGACAUUCCAUCUGAAUCUAACCCAGGGCACUGCCCUGAUCCGGUACAGCACCAAACAAGAGGCAGCCAAGGCCCAGACUGCACUGCAUAUGUGUGUGUUGGGAAACACUACCAUCUUGGCCGAGUUUGCCACUGAAGAUGAAGUUAGCCGCUUCCUGGCUCAAGCUCAGCCACCUACACCUGCAGCAACCCCAAGCGCACCUGCCACAGGAUGGCAGUCACUGGAGACCAGCCAGAACCAGGCAGACCCCGUCGGGCCUGCGCUGAACCUUUUCGGUUCUCGUUAUCAUUUGAGGAAAACGGCAAAUUGUGAACAGCCUCCUGGAAGCAGCGCAGCUCCUCCCUCUCUGCUCCUCUCGCUGAGCAUUACCUGUGCCAGGCCGUGGCGUGUUACAGCACCAGGCCAUCACUGACAGAAACGUUUACUUAACGAAUGUUCUUAAACCAGUGUGUACUUCAGGCUUUUCCCCUUGUUUCUCUGUGUUGUGUUUCCUGUGUAUGUGGUUUUGCUUAGGCAGAAAUAACUUAGCAAAGACUUAAGUAUUGCACCUUGUUUUGGUUUUGACCUCUUUUAUUUUUCUUUCUUGUAAUGUUUUUUUUUUUUAAUUUUGGUAUUUAAAGACUUUUUUUAAAAAGCAUCAAUGUAGUAGUUCUCUGGGCCGAACAGGAGGCAAUGUUUAAUCCACAGUUAUCAACAACAUGUAUGUACUAUGUUGGAAUCAAAAUAUAUCAAACUGCUUAUUGUGAAGAGAGUGAAAGCAAACCUGAAGGGGAAUCCUUACAUACAAAAUAGACGGUGGGCGGGGGGUGGGGGGGAGAUGUGUGCGGGUAACAUGCUAGCACUUGUGUGGAUAUCCCAGUCUGCAUCGUACUAUUUGUUCAACAUGAAGUGCCGACAUUCUGUACCAGCAAUUACCUGCCCAUUCCAACCCCUGGUGGGAGCAGACCUCUGCUGUCCUCUGGGACUUGCUGCUAUUGAGGACAAGGGAGUUUUCCUUUCUUUAGCAUCUUCAGUGAAGGAUACAACAAUGCCUAAUGGAUUUGACUUUCAGCUUGUGUAUUUGUGUAGGUGGGUAGGGUGAUACGGAUAGGAAAAUGAAAAGCAACAAAAAACAAAAUUGUGUGUAAGUGGCUUUGUGAGACAAUGAGUGGGAAAUUCUGUACUCCUCUUGGCCUACCCUGUUGAAUAUAAACCUGGCUUCAGAAGAGAUUGACAGGCUUUGUUCCCGUGGGCACUUGUGCUUGCCAGUCUAGGAGCCCUUGGCAGGUGGGUGAGUUUGGUUUGUUCCUGCAACACCUUGUUCACAGGGACUCUGCCUUCCUCCUGCUUUCUGGUUUCUAUCACCACCAUCCCCUUCCCACCUCUGCCCCUACAAAAUGUCUCUUUCCAGCCCCACUGACUCUUAGUGUUGGAACAGAGCUCUGUCGUGGAUGGUGAUGUCCAAGUGAAGUGCAGCUUAUAUUCAGAUAUCUGCAGACCGAAGGCUAAAUCUUAGCAUCCCCAGACUCCCAAGAGCCUAUGGGGAUUGUCCACUGCCGCUCUUGGUUCGUUUGUGGCCCUGCCUGCCCUCUCCUCCUCCCCCUCCUCCUCUUUAUGCCUGUUGGGUCCUUGACCUGCACUAUGGCUUAGUUGAGUUCCUUACGAUACUACGGUGAAAGCCGGGUGCUAGAGCCCCUCUUGUUUACAAGACAUAAUGAGGGAUUUGAAAUAUGUAAAAAUAAACACGAGAAGCUAAAAUGUUCUUCCAUCAUAAGCUUAAAGGGAAAAAAACCUAAAAACUUUAAAAAAAAAAAAAGACCAAAAAGUGCGCGUGUAUAUAUAUAUAUAUAUAUAUACACACACAUACAUAUAUAUAUAUAUAUAUAUACACACAUAUAAAUAUAUAUUUUAGAUGAAGACUAACUCUGGGAGCAUUUAACAGUGUUUUUGUUUUGUUUUUAACAUUUAUUUUCCUGCUUUAAAAUUUGCGAGCAUUCUCAGGAAUUCUAGGGUAGGCAGCCAGUUUUUUGAAGAUGGUUUAUUUAACCGUAUCUUAUCGUAAUAGACAGCUGUUUCUUUCCCGUUAGUAAACUUUUACAAGUUCCUGAAACUUCAAAAAGUUUAAAUGAUUUUUACUUACAAAAAUGUAAAAAGAAAAGUCUCCAAAUGUUAUUAUCAUACAGGGGGUCACACGUUUUAAGAUACAUAGAAAUAUUUUUUAAAAAUUAACCAAUUUAGCAGCAACAGGUAAAUUCAUUUUCUUAACAACUGUGGGAGAAGAAUCGGGUUCUGUGAGCGCUGUCAUGGCCUCACUUGAGAUUGUGUCUAACUGAAUGGGAGGGUGUUUGGUGUACAUGAGUAGGAUUGCUGCUACACUGUUAACUUCUUACAAGGCUGGACUGACAUCUCCCCAGUCCUGUUUCUAUUCUCCGAUGCAGCCCUUCUCCCUGUCUCUCCAGCCCCAUCAACAAAAGAAAGGAAUAAAGGAAGAAAAACAGCUUAAGAAAAAAGAAUUGGCUCUAAACUGUGUAAGUAGUGCAGUUGUUGGAUUGCUGAGAAUCUGUGUAAAGAGUUAGGAAAUAUUUUAAACAAAUCUUAAGUAUAAGCAUUACUAAAGGAAAAUUACCUAUGGACUCUCUUCUGUUCAUGAAGAAUGUCUGUUUCACCUCUGUCUGCUACAGGAGGAGAAAACAGAAGAAUCUAAUAAGGAACAAGUGGUUUUACUUUGUUUUAGCUCCCAGCUACUGUUGUGCUUGUUUUAAACGCUGUUUUGAAGAUCUGCUGCUUACUGUCCCCAUCCUGGGUGGUGGAGAUGUGGAGUGUUUCCUUUCUAUUUCAGUGAUACUGAAUUCUCCUUUUGUAUUCCCUCCUGGGGCCAGAAGUCGUGGCCACAGCUUCUUUCAAACUUUAAGCUUCCCAGUGGGAAAGAAACUCCAGCUCCACAGGUAAAGUGAAUGGGUGGGGUUGCUGCCUGCAUUCUCUGAAACCGCUUUAGUGCCUUCGUACAUACACCCAGACAUCCUAAGUAGGGGACGAGUGUGUAUGUGCACGUGGUCCAGUCACUCCACAGUUAGUAAGAUGCUUGCCUGUAAAGGAAAUUGGAGUGUUUCUGGACAGGCCCCAAAGGCAGUGGGCUAAAUCAAAAUUUAAAAAAAAAAAAUUGAGGAAGUUAAAUACAUUUUUUUGUCCGAUAAUGUGGGAUGCCAAGUUCUUUCCUAUGUUGUGUGCCCUCCAUAGGUGCUGACUUUUCCUUGUGUAGAAGGGUGACAGUUCCAGUGAUGGGGAAAGUCUUUUUGUGCCGGGCCAGUGGAAGAAGGCUCCUGCUUCUCAGCUUCUGUUUUCCUGUCUUCUUCCUGCCCCUCCCUUCUUCCAUUUGUCACCUUUCUGGAAGCUUUUGUUAGUGAUUGGCAGUGAGCUAAGAAGAGGAUGUGGUGAGGGUGUCUAGAAGGUAGAAAGCCUUCCCUUCCCAUGGUAUUCUUUAGCAAAAACCCUGUCUACCAAGACUUUAGGUGACUUCGUUAUACAUGGAAGAUCAAUGAGCAUACCCUUCCAGCACGUUCUGGCAUAUAUACAGAAGCUUGCUAGUCACCACUAUUUAGAUUUGUUUUGUGCACAUUAUAAGCAUGUAAGUGUGAGCUUUCUGUUUUAUACUAGGUGGUUUUUGUUUUAUUGGGUUUUUGUUUUGUUUUGGUCUUGUUUUAAAUGACUCCCCACCCCCACCCCCAUGCCCCGACAGUUUCUUUGUGUAGGCCUGGCUGUCCUGGAUCUCGCUCUGUAGACCAGACUGGCCCCAAACUCACAGAGAUCCACCAGCUGGCUUUCUUUUAAAUUAUUGGUUAGUGGUAGGUAGACGUAUAUAUGUCUCAUGAGCGUCACAGACUUGUUUCUGUGACCAUAUGAGUAGCCAGAAGAAAAGCACAAGUGGGGAAAGAGUUGUCUUCCAUCACUCGGGAGAACCUCUGCUACCGAUGAGACCCAGUGCCUUGACCCCAUUUAAGGGUUGAGAAACAGGUCUCUGAUACCCUCUUUGGAAAAAAAAAAGAGAGAGAGAGAGAAUUUUCUGUCUCUUCUCUCAGCCCUUGAUCCUUGAACCUUAUUUUUCAUUUCCAACAUUCUUAGGAAUGAACUUAGCAGUACAGUAGUGCUGAUUCAUAAAAUAACAGACUCAAACUGUAUUCUCCCUCAGUGACCCUGUAAAACAUCACCUAUGUGUUGGCAUUCAGUUAGUUACUUACAGCCAACAGGGUUUGUAUUGCAAUGGCUUGUGUUCUAAGAAUUUUCCCACUUCCGUUGUGAAUGUAGCAUGUUCAAAAUUGAAUGUGAUCUGGAAUAUUAAACGUGGGGGGGGGGGGGAGGAAGGGGGAAGAAUUCCUGCUAAGAACUUGGAAGGGCUUUCCCAGUGUACCUACCAGAGACUGAACAUCAACUUCCUGCAAACACAUCUCUCUUCUCGGAGUUUGUGGUGCUGGAGAGAGAAUCCAGGACUUUGCCUACGCUAGGCGAGCACGCUCUAUGCCUGAGCCACACAGUUCCUCCAGCCCUACAAUCACUGUUACCCUCUUCUUAGAAAGGAUGUGGUUUGUGUAGGGUUAAUAGCCAGAUUCUACUUCGACCUCAGAUGCUGUGUACUUUCUAAAUUAUUUUCUCAUAUUCUGCCAUUUUGACUCUUAGUGUCUCUAUGCUGAGCAAAACGUGUACACCAGGCCUGAUCUCCUGUCCAGUUUCAUAGGGCAUUUUCCGCAGGCCUGGCUAUAGACACAAGCGAGUCUUUGUAUAAAGAAGGUCCCUUUCUUCCCUGCCCCCUUUUGAGUUAAAAUUCAGUCUAUUCAGCCCUGCCAUUUGUUGUUUUGGAUUAGAGUUUUUUAUUCUACAUAUAAGGUCUUCAACUAGGAGCAGAGGCACGGUCUUAGCUGUGGUUGUUUGUUUGUUUAAGAAACUUUUCUUCAGUGUUUUUGCCAAGUCACAGCCUGUGUUGGUGCAUUAGCUACACUUCCGAUGUCACUGCAAAGAGACACCUUGUUCCACGAUCUUGUCUGUCUGCAGCUAGGGUUAUUCUAGCCAGUGUGCAAGUGACUGUCUGUCUUUAAAUCCCGAUGGCCAAGCAGAGAACCUUCGCUCUUGAUCUACAUCAGUCUAUAAGAAAACAAGAAUGUUCCCAGAGUUUGUGUACUCCCUGUCACAAUGCCCUCUAGGCUUAUUGCCAGUGCCAAAGUUACACUGUCAUCAGAGAUGAUCAUCGUCAAAAAUAGUGUUUUUAUUCUCAAUCUUAAAUUUGACACGGGAUACCAUACCUUCUUUAGAUUUGAAAUGAUCAAACUCCUAGAAUCUAAAAAUACAGUAAUAAUAAAAACUAAAUAGUGGUCCAGGUUUGAUGACACACACUUUAAUCCCAGCUUGAUUGGCAAAAACUUGAGAGGCAGAGGCAAGUGGAUCUCUCUGAGUUCAAGGGCCGCCUGGUCUACAUAACAAGUCUCACAGAGACUCUGUCCCAUAAAGCAAAAAUUGAAUAUCAAUCCUCACUAAACUGCCGACAACAUCUUCCCCAGUCCACACUGCCAGAGGAGGACAUGAACAAGAUAAAAGAAAGUGAGAGGCACUAGUCAGUGGAGAGCUAGUUCCUGCCAGGUCAGCAUCUACUCUGCCCCUUGUGGAUGGCCAUCCUGACUGGGUCCUGAACAGUCGGGAAGUAUUUUCCAUCAUUUGAAUGACUUGGGGCUUUUUGUCAUUGUUUUUUUUUUUGAGACAGGGUUUCUCUGAAGCUUUGGAGCCUGUCCUGAAACUUGCUCUGUAGACCAGACUGGCCUCGAACUCACAGAUAUUCACCUGCCUCUGGCUCCGGCAUGCUGCCAUUUAAAGACAUGAGCCACCACCGCCCUGCUGAAUGGUUUUUAAGAUAGUAGCAAAGUGACAGAAACUGCUGAUGCAAAUUUGCCUCUUGGCAUUUAAAUAGCUCUUUCUGGUAAGGUGGGCCCAUGGCAGAGCUGAGAUUGUUCCUCAUGACAGAUUUACUUUUCUAUGGGAGGGGACAGGCCAGGUACACUUUCAUAAACAAGUGUUCUAUUUUAAAUAAAAAAUAAGUGUUUCCCAAGAGCGCUGUAUGGCUCAGCUUAGUUUUCACACUAUAAGUAAUCAGUACUUCGGAAAUAAACUCCCAGUUACAGUUGACCCAUUUCCAGCCAGUAUCAGUAAAUUGGGAUGACUUCUUCCAAAAGGGAAAUCCUUCCUUCCUACAUUUCUUUCCCUUCCUGACUUCCUGGACCUUCUGGUGGGUUAUUCAGUUCUUCUUGGGCCACCAAAAGGGUACCCCACUCCUGGGGGUUGUAAAGGGACUGGAGGCAGAUGAAACAGCCUUACUUUCGUGACUGGCCUUAAGGCAGGAAAAAGUGGUAGAUGCAGAGUGUGUAUGCCAAAAACAAAAGGAGGGAUCUUUAUGCAAAACUAAAUAGACCUUGGGAAUCCUUCAAGAGAGGUCACAUACCUUGUAAAGGUAGGAUGGUCACUCACCAAGUGAUAGGUUUUAGCUUGAAACUUCUUUUUGCCAGAAGUUUGGGGUUAUGUUACAAUAAUUGUGUUUAAAACACUACCCCCUUUAAUUCUUUCCAAGGAAUCUCUUAAGUAUAGUUCUUCUGAAUGUGCCUUUGUCAGUCCAGAGACCAACCGUGGUCUGUCAGUCUCCUGGCAGCCCCAGGGACAGCUGUUGGAUUUUCAUGAGCGUCCAUUUUGCAUGGUGUGGUCAUGCUAAAGGGAUUCUGGGUCUUGGGCCUGGAGGUUAUGAGCAAGGCUCAGGUUAGUCCAGUACAGGUCAGCUGUCUACAUCUGCAUUCCCUAGUGUGUGUGUGUGUGUGUGUGUGUGUGUGUGUGUGUGUGUGUGUGUGACCCCACCUCUCCCACUCUGUAUCCAGUGGAUGCCAAGGGCCCUGUCCACCACCCUCAGUUCCUCCGCAGAGGAAAGUACUCUCCUGGGUUCCUUCAGCUUCCUUCAGGAAGACAGAGGGAGGCUGCGCUCACUCCUGGUUGCCUUGGGAUGUAUUGUUAUGCAAAUGUGAAUUUCACUGGAGGUUGUUGGGUUCUUGAGGGGUUUUGUUUGUUUGUUUUGUCAACAAAUACAACAAAAGGUCCAUACGUGGUCAUCCUUGCUCCAUUUUGUAACCAGAAUUUGUAACUAUGCAUUUUCUGAAAAGGGGAAAGGCGGGAAGAGGGGAAAGAAGUCGAUCUGCAUCUUUAUGUUUUUCCAGUUUCUGUGUCCAUGGUAUCCCCACGUCUGAGAGGGAAGUGGAGGAGAGGCUCGCCAGGUCAGCAUAGUGAGGGCAAAAGGGACCUCCCAGAUCCUGCCCUUUGGCAGGUCUAAUUGCGAAGCAAAUGCUGGGGGGUCUGCCAUGCCUGUCCACCAUUGUGGUGCAGGACUCUUGUACUGGCCAUGCAGUGUUAACCCAGGGCAGCCGUGGAAGCUUACAGGCUCCAGUAUUCUCUGAACUCAGAACCCUUUCAAGCUCAGGAAACCAUGCCGCACUCUGCUGACCUGAGAGUUCACUUUACAUCAUUCUGAAAUCUCCUCCUCUUAUACAUUUCUUUGUUGUCAAUCAUUGUGAAUGGAACCAUUCCUAAUUAUGAGCUGAGAAAGAGGGCUGUUGCCUGCUGUUGACUGACAAGCAAAAAAAAAAAAAAAAAAAGGCUUCCCUUCCCUGUUCUCUAUCCCUGAUCUCUGCUUCCUGUACUGAACUGGUCGUGCAGUGAGGUGUGGGGCACCGGAAGGCCUUUGUACUUCCUCUUCUUUGUUCUAACAAUUCUUUUGUGGAGUUGGGCUGUGAUAAAUCGUGGCACCUGCAUUGCCCUGGUCUAGGCAUUAUUACAACACACAGUAUCAGAAGCAAGAGCCGUUUAGCCUGUAUCGUGUUUUCCACACAGCAAUCUCUGUUAUGUUCACAGUACUGUAAUGAGUGACAGACUUGACCACAGUCUCUUUGUGUCUGUGCGAGGCUGCACAGGCAUGAUCUUAUCAGGGUUCCAAAUCUGCUCGAUUGCCUUUAAACAAAAGCAAAAUAACAAGAAAAUCCUGAUGUUUCAAGUGUCUGACACAAAAUGAUACCUCAAGGUAUAUUUCCCCUGCAAUGUAACCCCUUCACUCCUCUCUCCUUUCUUGACAUCAGUGAGCUAUUCUUUAUAAAAUACGGAUGUGUAAAUAACCAGAUAAGUCUUUGAAACAUUUUCUUUGCUGUGAAAAUAACCCUAAAAUAUGAUGUUUGCAUUUUAAGCCAUCAGAAGUUUCAGAUCUGAAUUCUUGUUGAAGAAGAAAAAGCAAAACAGGUCAGUGGCGUAGCUUUGGGUUUGUGGGAUGGCUGUUUUCUGGCAGUGUUGCUCCCCACAGCACAGGACAGCAGACCACUGGCUAUGUGUGCCCUAACUAGGUGCCAUCUAGUCCAGCACCAAGGCUCUUUCAUGCGUUCCAUCCCCUCCAGGGACUUGAGUUCUCCGCCCCUUUUUGUUCACGUGCACACACUUCUUUCCCUUUAGUGUGGUUCUUCAGUUCCCUGUAGAGUUAGUCCCUGGUACUGCAGUCUGUCCUGUGGCUUUUUCAGCAAUGCUCUGGAAGUGUGUUUCUUACUUAGAAGAAAGCUCAGCUGAGGAGACCCUCAAACAACCCUGAAAGCCCUGUGCAUACUCAGAUCUUCCUCCAUGCUGUUUACAGUGGACAUUCUUAGAGGAAACACAUUGACACCUGCUGCUUGUGAGGGCCUUGACUGCUGCUGCCCUCCUAGACCUGGGCUCCCACCAGACAAGGUUAGAAGACUCCCUCUUUUAUCCCACUUCAACUCAAACCCCUAUCUGUCAAGCUCUUUAAGUGUCCUCCCUGAUCUUGUUCAGUGACGACUUCCUUUGAGGGAAGAAUCUUUUUUUUUUUUUUUGGUUUUUUUUUUUUGGUUUUUCGAGACAGGGUUUCUCUGGUUUUGGAGCCUGUCCUGGAACUAGCUCUUGUAGACCAGGCUGGUCUCGAACUCACAGAGAUCCGCCUGCCUCUGCCUCCCAAGUGCUGGGAUUAAAGGCGUGUGCCACCACCGCCCGGCUGAGGGAAGAAUCUUGAUGAAAGUACAUGGCCAUCCCCUGCCCAUCUUCUGACUGGCACCGCCCCGUCCCCUUGGACUUUACUUCUGUAGUUUGUCUGGAGGCCCUUGCCUAUCAGUGUGCUUCCUCUUGUCGCUGGGGUUCUGCCUGCCCUUGUUUUACUCUCUGAUGUUCCCAAAGGGCUUCGCUGAUGUCUGCACCUCUUUCCUGGGCGUCCCCUUACUACACCCUUUGCACACACCAGUGACCAAAGUGUAUGCAGUGGUCUCAACACAAGACAUCAAAAUGGUGCACGCACCUCUAGUGUGCUCACAGACAUGUGCACAAGAUUCUGCACCCUUGGCCUUAAUUUCAGCACGACUUAAGGUGCAGGAACAUUUUUAACAGGUUUUAAAAAAAAAAAAACUUUCUGGGAGGGAAAAUAAAGCAGAUCCAAGCGCUCAACCACGCCCACUCCCUGACUCCCAACCAUCUGCAUCCACCCCAGCCCUGUUCUGCGCAACCAAAACCACCAACAAAAAGCAACCUGAGGAGAGGUUUCUGGACUGUUUUAUCUUUCUCCCUUUCGACGGAGAUACAAAUGCUGCUUUGGGUUCCGUAAUCCUAGGGGGCUAUGUUUACAUAGUGAAAUUCAUUCUACCAAAUCAGGAAACAGUGAGUGGGAGACCCUUCAGUAAUUGGUCACUGAGGCUGAACCAGAGGUGAGAGGACCUGGGGCUGUGGCAGCGGAGGAGAGACCCUAUUUAACUCAUUGCGAUACCUGGUUCACUCCUUCCUUCUGCCCUCAGUGGCCCUCUUUGCCCCUUUAAUCAAAAGGUUCAGAGAAAGGCGCCAGAAGGAGACUGAAGUUUUAAGAGGCAGCUUUCCAUCUUUGCACACAGACGGAAGGGACCGUGAAAAUCCUCUCAUUUGAAACACUCAGCAGAACAACCUGUCAAAAGGACUAAAUCGCUGCACACGUUGAUGCUCUCUGCAAGUUACCUAUAAGUGUUUUGUUUUCUUAUACUUGAAAUCGCUUUUACAAUAUUAUUUUGGUGACUUUCUUUUCUCUCUUCUGAUGGGCAAUAGAAAAUGCAGGUGAUAAGUUUUAAGGAUAUUUGAGGGGAGAAAAGGAUGUGGCAUUGUCUUUUUUAACAUAGAGGUUCAGUCAGACUCCCAUAUGGUAAAGUUGCUUAUCUUACUGGUUUAACGUGGACACAGAAACUAGGCACUUUGGUGGUUCACUUGCACGGCAGGCCGGCCCCCUUUCUGUAUUUUAUUUUACUUUUUUAGUAUAGUGGUACUUAAAAUCACUGGUUCACUUAAAAAAAAUGUUAAACUCUACUAAUGUACAAAUAAGCUGAAAAGUUGCAUUUUAUGUGUAUUUUUUGCCAUAGCAGGUACUGUAUUUUUCAUGCUGGAUUUCAAAAUAUAUAUAUAUAUAUAUCAAAAGCAAAUAUAUAUAUAUAUAUAUCAAAAACAAACAAAACUGAAGGGUGGUGUUUUAUCGGAUUGUGACAGGUUGAAUAAUAAGGAAUAAAGUCGUAGUCAUUUCAUUAAAACUGAGAGAUGAUGUAACGCAUAUAUAAAAGUUUUCUGAAGGGUUUUUUUGGGCUUUUAAACAGCUUAUUUUGUUUUUGUUUAGUUUUUAUUUUAUUUUGGAAAGAUAUGAUUGUAUUAUGUGCAACUCAGUUGCUUACAUUAUAACUACAAAAUAUUUUUGAGUUCCUGGAAAAAAAGAAAAAAGACUAAUAAAUGUGUUUGGCUGCUAA